UCGCCUGCAGGCGGGAGCGCGGCUUUGGGCCGGCAGUCGACGCGGCCUAGUGCUGGGCGCUGUGCGAAGCCCGCGGCUCCUGUUCCCGCGCUAGUUCUCGCGGGAGCCGGUGUUGUCUGCCUCGUUUGGCAGAGGGGGGACUGAGUCCCCAAGGGGUAGUUACUCGCCCGAGUCCCCCAGCUUCGGGGGCCUCGCUCCGCUAGAGGCUUCUCCUCUCGGCCGCGCUCCUCGACGGCCCGGGCCGCCGCCUCGCUCCGCCUGGGCCAGCGGCGAGCACUUGGCCGACCUUGGCCUGCGGCCGGCUGUGCGGGGGAGGGGAGGCGCGGCCCCGACCCGGCCCGCGCGGGCUGUCCGCUCGGCGAAGUUCCGCGGGGCGCCGGCCCGGGGAUGAGAGCGGCCCCGCUCCGGAGGAGCGCCCGGGUCAGCGAUCGGGACGGCGGCCUGGAGAGGGGCUGCGGGAGAGCGGCGGCGGGAAGCCUAGCCCGCGCUGCCGGCGAGCGAGGGCAUCUUCAGCCAGUGACAGCCCGGGCGGGGGCUUGAAGGCUGCGUCGCUGUUCCCGUUCGUUCGUGUCUUAACUGAACCGUCGUUUAAGCGCCUGCCAUGUACCAGGCGGGCAGUGCUGUGCCUGGGGAGUCCCUGCCCUUGGACAAACAGCACAUGACAGUUCCCCAGUUAGCAUCGUGAGAACUCCCGAGGAAGUGCGGGGUGCUGCGGGGUGGCAGUAAAGGACGUGACUGUCAGGGAGGGGAGGCGAUGCUUGAGCUGAGUUCCCGAGAAUGACUGGGAAGGAGCUCGGUGAAGAGGGUGCUGGUGGUGAUCAAGCAGAGGAACGGUGUGGGCAGGCCCUGAGCUGGUGUGGGGGCUGCGCAGAGUGCAGGGCCCGGUGUGGGCGGGGGGCCGUGCUGGGUUUGGUCCAGACCCGGAGAGAGUGCGCCUGGUGAGGCUGGGCCUGACCGUGGAGGGCCCUGCAGGCUGUGCUGAGGAGGCUAGGUUUUAUCCUGUUUCAAACCUAGGAAUGGUGUGACUAGCAGUGUGUUCUAGAAAGAUUCCUCAGGCUGUUGUGAGAGUUAGAGGCCCGGCUGAGUCUUUGGAGGCAAGUUUGGAGAGGAUAUGGCUGCAGUGACCAACGAGAAACCAGGGGGGCGCUGUUAGGUGGAGCCUGUGGAGGCGCUGACGUUCGGCACAGAGCCUGCACACGGGGACUCUGAUGAAAGGCUGAACUGUGCUGAGAAGUUGGGCCCGUGCAGGAGGCGGCAGGAUCUGAACCAGACUCAGGGUGCUUUUGCUGGCAUGACCACUGAGUGACCUCAGAUGCGUCCCCUCCUCUCUCCAGCUUCCUUUCCUCAUAGGUAUCACAAAGGGACCCCUCCCAGAGGUGAAAGAGACACCCUACAAGGGAGGUUUCCAGAAAGAGCUGCUCUGGUCAGUCCAGUCCGUCGUCCCCUGUUCGGAGCCUGCCCGUUGACUGCCCAGCCACUUCUCACCCGGGCCUUCCCAGCGCUCGUGACUUAAGCCCCAGUUUACCUUUACGCCAUGUCCACUCUGCUCUUUACAUCUCUCUCACCUUCCUGCCCUGGACCUGUGCUGUUGCUGUUUUUCUUCCCUUCCUACCUCCUGUGAGCUCAUCAUGGGGCUCUGGGACCAGGGCGCUGAACUGGCUACUUGCCUGGGGUGCCCUUCUUAAGCAGUGAUACUCAGCCUCUCCUGGAAUUAUGUAUUCCUGUCCUCUCUCCUAGACCGUGAGUUCCUUGAGAGCAUGGCUGUGUCUUACUCCUUCCACAGCCCCUACAGUGCCCAGCACAGGGCAUGGCACAGGAAGAGAAGUCUGGUGUUCCCUAAGAUGGCCUGAUAUGAAGGAGUCACGCCUCCCACCUCCCCGAGCCCCCAGAGUUGCCCUGUGGCUGCUUGGUCCUUCAAGUUCAGGAGCCGGUUGAAAUGUCGGAAAUGGAAGCCAAUGUGACCAUCCCAAUCUGGCAAAACAAGCCGCAUGGGGCUGCUCGCAGUGUAGUGAGAAGAAUCGGGACCAACCUGCCCCUGAAGCCAUGUCCCCGGGCGUCCUUUGAGACCCUGCCCAACAUCUCUGACCUGUGUCUAAGGGAUGUGCCCCCAGUCCCUACUCUGGCUGACAUCGCCUGGAUUGCUGCAGAUGAAGAGGAGACAUAUGCCCGAGUCAGAAGCGAUACGCGCCCCCUGAGGCACACCUGGAAGCCCAGCCCUCUGAUUGUCAUGCAGCGCAAUGCCUCAGUGCCCAACCUGCGUGGGUCCGAGGAGAGGCUACUGGCCUUGAAGAAGCCAGCCUUGCCAGCCCUAAGCCGCACCACAGAGCUGCAAGAUGAGCUGAGCCACCUACGCAGCCAGAUUGCUAAAAUAGUGGCAGGUGAUGCAGCUUCGGCAUCAUUAACGCCAGAUUUCUUAUCUCCAGGAAGUUCAAAUGUCUCUUCUCCCUUACCUUGUUUUGGAUCCUCAUUCCACUCUACAACUUCCUUUGUCAUUAGUGACAUCACUGAGGAGAACGAGGUAGAGGUCCCUGAGCUUCCAUCAGUCCCCCUGCUUUGUUCUGCCAGCCCUGAAUGUUGCAAACCAGAACACAAAGCUACCUGCAGCUCGUCUGAGGAGGAUGACUGUGUCUCUCUGUCCAAGGCCAGCAGCUUUGCAGAUAUGAUGGGGAUCCUGAAGGACUUUCACCGCAUGAAACAGAGCCAAGAUCUGAAUCGGAGUUUAUUGAAGGAGGAAGACCCUGCGGUCCUUAUCUCUGAGGUUCUAAGAAGGAAGUUUGCUCUGAAGGAAGAAGAUAUCAGUAGAAAAGGAAACUGACAGCACUCAGCUCUGGAAACUCAGUCUCAUGCUCCUGGAAUUCCUUCAAUAGCUGCCUUCCUCACCGCAGAUGUUUCUGCCUCUCAAUUAGAAACCUUCUGCAACGGUCUUGCCGAAAGCUAGAGCUUGGACUGAGAGAGAAGAGCUGGAUUAUAUGUUUCCCAUACUUCAAACCUUAGCAGAAGCUAAGGCUGUUUUUAGCUGAGACACUUGUUACAGGUAAAAAUGUAGGUUGGAAUGCGUCAGUCUAAAGGGUGAGAUAGAAGUUUCUGGUUUUUCCUUGCUCUUGUGUGAAAAUAGGUCCUAAAUGAAUGAAUGACUUCACUGCAUUAGGCCCCAUAACUGGUCUCACCAGACACUUUGUGCCCAGCUGUCACUCACUCUCAGCAGCUUCCUUGCGGCAGAGCAGGGCUGUGGGGAGGGGGCCAUACAUGUUUAUGUACAUGUUCACAGGGCAGGGAAAAAUCUUAUGCUGCUCCCUCAUAAACUGACACCAUUGCCCAGCAAUCACCCUCUCCCCUAUCCCUGUCCAACACCUAGAUGUAGAGGUUGGGCCACUGGACCAGCUAACACUUGGGCUGCUGCUGGGAGGCCUGGGCUGUUUUUUUCCUAAAUAUAUUUUGUAAUACUGUACAACCAAAUCUACCCUCUAAGGCCUUGGGCCUCAUCAGUUCUACUGAUUGAAAACUCUUUCUCUUCCACGGACUUUAGUUUAAGCCCAGUAGGAAAGAGAAAUGGAGGGGGGAAAGAGUACCAUCCUUCUUCCAGGCCCUUAACUACUCCUUUGCAUUGGGCCAAGGUUUGUACCUGCCACACCAUGCAUGACUCAGAUGCCUUCAGAUCCCUUUCUCUAUGGUAUGUAUCCUGUGUGUGUUUGGGUUGAAGCACUAUCUAAUAUUAAAGGAAGGAUUUGGAGAGAUAGUGCAUUUGCUGUGUCCAUCUCUGAGUUGUGAUCACCUUUUUAAGGUAUGUGAACUUUUGUAAACGGACUCCUAGCUUCCCCUCUUUCCUUACAAGGUCCUGCUUUAAUAAUAGAAAACUUCCCUGAGGAGCCUCUUGUCCCUUUCUGUAGAGAUUCUACCCUAAGCUCUUAAAGCAGUUCCAUAUUAUAAGUUGCAAGCUUGCCCCUGGAGACUGUUUACACCUUUUAGGUACCACACCUGCAACAUGGAAAUCUGCCACCUGGUGGAUAGCAUCUUGGGUAGAACACAAGUCAAAUUAGACUCCUGUUCAGAUCAGACCUAUGGCAGUGACAGAGCAUAUACUAUUAAAAAGUUGCUGUUUCAAAAAUAAAAUUGGUAAUGUUUUAAUUACCAUCAGA